UGAUUUUCAACGUUGUCAACUUCAGUAAAACAAAAAGUCUCUAUCGAGAUGGGAUGGCUCCAAUGGUGAAAUCCACAAGUAGGCCAAAAUGGCAAAGAAUACCUUCUAAAAAUGUGUAUUACUAUCGCUGUCCGGACCACAGGAAGAACUAUGUCAUGUCAUUUGCUUUUUGCUUUGACCGUGAGGAUGACGUUUACCAGUUUGCCUACUGCUACCCCUACACCUAUACUCGCCUUCAGCACUAUCUUGACAACCUACAGAGGAGGAAUAUGGACUACUUUUGCAGAGAAUUGCUUGGACUCAGUGUGCAGAAACGGCAGCUUGACCUCCUGACAAUAACCAGCCCCGAAGACAAAACUGACCUUGAGAACAGUGUGAUGCAGAAGAAAAUUAAAAUCCCCAAACUCUCUCUCAAUCACGUAGAAGAAGCUGGGGAGGUUACAGAUUAUGGGGAAGAAGAUGUGGAGCUUAGACACAGUAAGAGACAAGAUGGGAGGAAACAAAGUGAAGGUACACACAAAAGUAUUGAAGCAGUUGUUGCUCGCCUUGAAAAACAAAAUGGGAUGAGUCUCGGUAAUACUUCCAGCCCUGAGGAAGCUUUUAUGGAGACUUCGGAAGGCAUGAACAACAUGGACGAUGCUGUAGUUCCUCGGGUUCUGUAUGAAGAAUUGCUGAGGAGUUAUCAACAGCAGCAAGAAGAAAUGAGACACAUUCAACAGGAGCUUGAGAGAACUCGGAGACAGCUUGUGCAACAGGCAAAGAAGCUAAAGGAGUAUGGGGCGCUCGUGUCAGAAAUGAAAGAGCUCAGAGACUUGAACAGGAGACUACAGGAUGUACUGCUUCUAAGACUAGGUAGUGGACCUGCCAUUGAGCUUGAAAAAGUAAAACCAGAAUCAAUUGAGCCCGAACCUGAGGUACAGAAGACCUUCAGUGAGGAAGCAAAUACAUCAACGUAUUAUCCUGCCCCUGUUCCAGUAAUGGACAAGUAUAUUCUCGAGAAUGGAAAGGUCCAUCUUGGCAGUGGAAUUUGGGUAGAUGAGGAGAAAUGGCACCAGCUGCAAGUAACACAAGGAGAUUCAAAGUAUACAAAAAAUCUAGCGGUUAUGAUUUGGGGAACAGAUGUUCUCAAGAACAGAAGUGUCACAGGAGUUGCAACCAAAAAAAAGAAAGAUGCCGUUCCCAAGCCACCUCUCUCACCUCACAAAUUAAGCAUUGUCAGAGAAUGUUUGUAUGAUAGAAUAGCACAAGAAACUGUGGAUGAAACUGAAAUUGCACAGAGACUCUCCAAAGUCAACAAGUACAUCUGUGAAAAAAUCAUGGAUAUCAAUAAAUCAUGUAAAAAUGAAGAAAGGAGGGAAAGUGCAAAGUACAAUUUGCAAUAAAUUUUGGAUUUUUAAUAAAGUCUUAGUGUUUUA